AUGGCUGAAGUCUCCGAGAUGUAUUUGUCAGAUCUCCCAAGCCCACAACCUCUCGAUAUUGAAUAUGUUCAUUGGAUGAGAAAAUGCCAAUCUGAGACGGACAAACCAGACGCGCUUCAACCUGCCUUAUAGGUUCGAAGUAACUCAAUUCGUUUUUGUUAAAAUUUCCCUUAGGUUAAAAAAUGACAGGUUUAUUGAUUGCAGUUUCAGUCUAUCUACAGGCUUGUGAUGCCGACAUCUUUCCAAACAAUCACCUGUUUUUGCGAAUAGUAUGUACAAUUCUAGUAACAUCAGCUGAUAACAAGCGCUCAAACAGCACUUUAAAACUAGUCAAGGGCUACCUACGGACCACGAUGACAACCGAGAGACUUUCUGGCCUGGCUUUAAUGAGUGUUCAUUAUGAAAAGCCUGUCAAUUACGAUGCUAUAGUUCAGAAAUUUGCUGAACAACAACCUCGUAGAAUGUUACACGUUGAUCCCAUUUUUAGGGAAUCCUAA